AUGGUUGUUUCGAGCGAGAUGAAGCGCGUCGACACCAGGAAGGACCUCGCCGCGGUCGUCGAGCAGCCGCCCGCGGGCAGCCGCGCCGCCCCGGGGCUCUGCACGAGCCCGAACAUCAACCAGCGGUACCUGCACAGCAACCCCGUCGCGCAGACGUACGGCGCGCGCGCCCGGGCGUCCGGGACGGAGGUGCAGCCUGAGGGUGAUGUGCCGGCGGCGUGCCAGGUGCACGAGAACGACCUGGCCGAGGUCGUCAUCGUGUGCGAGCCCGAGGGCACCUCCCUGAUGAUGGGAGGCCUCCACCCCCGCGCGUCGCUGUACGAGAAGCCGCUGAACCUGGAGGAGGCCAAGGCGCAGCACGAGAACUUCCGCAACACGAUGCGGCGGUUUGGCGUCAAGGUGCUGACGGUGCGCGAGAUCCUGCGGUACGCCGCGGACAGCAACAUCCGCGCGCGCGUGGAGCUGGAGGAGUUCGCGCUGAACUCGCUGACGUACCGCCUCGCGGAGGGGUUCGACCCCUCGGCGGUGUGCAAGGAGAACUUCAUGCCGUACCUGUCGGAGGAGUACAAGCGCACGGUGCUGGAGGAGAUGUCGACGGACCAGCUGCUGGACGUCAUCAUGACGCACCCGACGGUCACGAUCAAGCCCUCGGGGCGCGACACGGGGUUCGCGGCGGAGUACACGUUUGAGCCGCUGUCCAACCUGAUCUACACGCGCGACCAGCAGAUCACGACGUGCCGCGGGAUCGUCAUGGCGCGCCUGCGGUCCUCGCAGCGGCAGGACGAGGUCGACCUCAUGCGCCUGUGCUUCAACAAGCUCGGCCUGCCCAUCGUGGGCGAGGUCAAGGAGGGCGGCUUCCUGGAGGGGGGCGACUACUUCGCGGCGGGGCCCGACCUGUGCUUCGUCGGCAUCGGGCUGCGGUCCAACCGGCAGGCGUGCCUGCAGCUCAUGGAGGAGGACCUCUUCGGCACGCGCCGCGUCGCCGUCGUGCGCGACGAGCUGGAGAUGCACCAGGACCGCAUGCACCUGGACUGCGUCUUCUCCAUCCUCUCGGACAACUGCUGCGUGAUGCUCGAGGACAUGAUGGGGCAGGACUCGGCCACGAAGCGCCUCGUCGACGAGUACGUGCGCGACAAGAGCGGCAAGUACCACCUCGAGCGCGAGGGCGUGGAGUUCGCCGAGUACGUGCGCGCGCAGGGGUACUCGAUCAUCCCCGUGCCGGGCAAGGACCAGCUGCUGUACGGCUGCAACGUGCUCAACCUGGGGAACUCGACCAUCCUCGCCGUGCACGACAAGACGGCGCGCAACAUCGCGCGCUCCCCGCAGUUCUCCGGGGACGUCUUCCACGUGCCCUUCGAGGGCAUCACCUGCAUGUACGGCGCCGUGCACUGCUCCAGCCAGGUCGUGCGCCGCAAGCCCCGCCUCGACGCGCCGCAGCGCCCGGGCACCUCGAACCUCCAGCGCCGCUCGGCUGGCGUGUCCAACUCGGGGCACCAGCCGCAGCAGGCGCAGCAGCAGCAGAAGGCCGCCCAGCCGCGCGGGCUGCUCGGGGCCGCGCUCGCCGCCGGGGGCGGCCAGCAGCAGGCGGCCGCGAGCCCCGUCGAAGCCAUCACGCUCGGGCUGGAGCGUGCAUCGGUCAGCUCGGAGUCGCGCCCGCCCGCGGGCGUGUCCAUCCAGCCCCGCGCGAGCAACCCGGGGUCGAACCAGGCGCUGGCUGGGUCGUACCGGUCCACGGCGUCGCGCCUGAUGGGCGGCCCCGCGCUGCCCGCCCACGAGGACUGA